AUGCCACACGCUAUCUCUGAUAUGGAGGCUGACGUUCCCUCUUCACCUCCAGAAUCUACCUCACAGAAUCACGAUGUUGAACUUCCUGCUGCACCAGAAGCGACUGCUGCAACGACGAACAAAGUAGCUCUCGAGGACAUUUUCAACGACGAGGUGUCUGAUUCUGAUCUCUUGACAAGCACGGCAGACAUACCAUCGUCACCACCGACAGCAAAAGACAAUCACCGAGGACAAGACGUAGCCAGUGCCAGAUCUGGCCAGGCUGAAUCAUACAGUGAUCCAUCUGUGAUGCUUCAAUAUUAUACACGGCUAUUUCCAUUUCGGCCACUGUUCCUCUGGCUGAAUGCUUCACCAUCGCCAUCACCAAGAUUUGCGAACCGAGAGUUCGCCUUUACCCUGUCGAACGAUGCCUACUUGCGCUAUCAGUCGUAUCCUUCCCACGACCUGCUUCGUAGGGACAUCCUUCGUCUGAAUCCCUCACGUUUCGAGAUCGGCCCCGAGUACAGUACCAAUCCGCGAGAUCGUAAAACCUUGCGGAAAGCGAGCACAUUCCGUCCUCUAAGUAAAGAGAUGGUUUUUGAUAUAGAUUUGACGGACUACGACGAUAUCAGAACCUGUUGCGUUAAGGCAAACAUAUGCGAAAAAUGCUGGAAGUUUGCUACCAUGACCAUCAAAGUGUUAGAUGCAGCAUUGCGUGAAGACUUUGGUUUUGAGCACAUACUCUGGGUCUACUCGGGCCGUCGUGGUGUUCACGCUUGGAUCAGUGACAAAGAAGCACGAGAGCUUGACGACGACAAAAGAAAAGCUCUUGUGGGCUAUUUUGAAGUGCUGAGGGGUGGUGUACAAGGUGGAAAGCGAGUCAAUGUCAGGCGGCCGUUGCAUCCACACGUCCGCCGGAGCAUGGAUAUUCUUCGUCCUUAUUUUACACAGAUUCUCGUUGAACAAGAACCUUUUCUUAGUCAGUCCGGACAAGAUAGGCUUCUGCAGUUAUUACCAGAUAAGGAUCUGAACGAUGCUCUUAGGAAAAAAUGGUCAAGUUCACCAGAUCGGCCAAGCAAGAAGAAGUGGGACGACAUCGACGAGCUUGCUAAAACUGGUGUCAGCAAGAAUCUGGACACCAAGGCGCUGCUAGAAGCCAAGCAGGAUGCCCUGCUCGAGUACACCUAUCCUAGAAUCGAUGUGGAAGUCGGUAAGAAGCGGAUACAUCUGCUCAAGUCGCCCUUUGUUGUGCACCCAGGCACAGGAAGAGUCUGUGUGCCUAUCACUUGUGGAGGUGACAUGAAGAGAGCCGACCUGUUCGAUCCGCUCACUGUGCCGACGGUCACCGAGCUGUUGCGCGAGAUUGAUUCUUUUGGUCAGAAGAAUGAAGAGGAGCAAGGGACGUCCCAGGAAGAUUCUAACCGCCAUGAAAAUAGCAACCAGAAGAAGGUGCUCGACUGGGAGAAGACCAGGCUGAAACCAUAUUAUGAGCUUUUCAACGGUUAUGUUAACAAACUUGUCAAGAGUCAAACGACAAGCUUGAAGAGAGAAAGAGACGAAGACGGACACAAUGGCGCAGAUGCCAUGGAGUUUUGA